AUGAACUCACCCACUCGUCAAGGCCCAGAUGCUCGAGCUGUGCCUAAGCUCAGAGGCACGCCAUUGAAGUUGCGGAGGGCUUUGAGGCAAGCUCAGGCAGAACGAGACAAAAAGCUUGAGGAUAUGGAGAGGGAUUACGGAGCGAACAUUCCAUCUAAGCCCAAGACCCAGCGCCCACGUGGACAAAUGCAAGAUGCUGGCCGCCGUGGUCGGCCUUUCAUGGACCUGCAGUUACCCUCGAGGCCUAGAAAAAGUGCAGGCGAUCAUGUGAAUGCACAGAGCGAGCAGGCCCAACGCCAUGAGCGGCUCGAGAUUCGGGUUGUAUCGACAAGUCCUGCCGUGAACAAAGUUCCUCGACGGCAAUGUGCCCCACGUGCCCCGGCCACUCCUCCGCCUCGCCGGUCAUCAGCUACAGAAAACUCUUCGCAGGGCGGCAAGUCGUCCAGCGAGUCCGAAUCGGAUGGCAGCAGCUCGUAUGGUGGCAGCUCAGACGAUAAUAGCUCCGACGACGAGCACAUCCCUGUGAGGCGCAGGGCUAGGACGAGAGUCAAGUUGAGCAAAUCUCAGAAAAGGGAUCUGCUUGUGGAGUUUGUAGCCCGAGAGAAAUAUUACCUCGCUGCCCUGGCAAACGGUGCAAAAUGUCACAGAGACAUGCCGUUCUGGAUCGAUAUUCGGAAGCGGCUGCGACUAGUCGAGGUCGCCCACAAAUGGAGUGACUUGUCAGGGGCAUUCGGCGUCAUUGUUGGCCCCCGAGAGAGACAGGCGAUGGCGGGGAAGAAAGUCCCCUGCAAAAGUGAUAUCGAAAGGCUCAUCGAGAGCUGUGCAAGGAUCCGGAUUCGUCGGGGGAUACUUGACGGCUUUGUCGAGGACAAGCUCCUCAACCCAAAUAUUGUACCGGACCUUAUUGAAUCCGGUGACCUCGAGCAGUGUGAGUUGCUGCUGGGCGAGAUGCAGCAUCUUCGGAGGAAGCAACGCGCUCAUAAUGCUUGUGACGGAGCAGAUAAUGCGGACGAGGAAUCGGAUGCACAAGAUGAGUCUGAGUCAGACAACAGCAGCGAUGAUGGCAGCAGUGAUGAUAGCAACGACGGCGGGGAUGACGACGGUGGAGAUACGACUAGCGCCAGCGAAGAUGCCCAUCAAGCAGCUUCAUCCCCGCCAACUUCGCCGAUCACGACCAGUCCAUGUUGGCCCCAUACCGACGAAGCUUCAUCGCCCACGUCGACCACCGCCGCUACAUAUCACGCGGACACCGACGCCGCUGUCGAUGAGGAAUAUGACGACGAUGAUGAUGAUUCUGUUGCAAUCGAGCAGGCGAUUGCUUUGUUGCAGCGCCGACAGGCACGCAAAAGGAAGCGGCCAGAGUCAAGAGCGGAUGUGCAGUGGUUACGCAGGAUCAGGAUGCAGCAUGAAAAAAGAAGCCAUGAGAACAAGACAUCGCGAGAGAGCGGACGAUCUUACGGGAUCCUGGGCUGA